ACCGCUUCACCACGACAGCUCCACCCAGUAAACACGCACUCGCAGUGCCUCCGCCCGGUCGCAUAGACGGUUGAAGCCUUUCACCCGCGUGCGCUGUACUGUGGCUCCCGUUGCGGCUUCGUCUGCCCCGCACACACCAACCUUCCCUCUCGACUCGAGCGAAACGCACCCUGCGAUCGCCCUACCUCGAAGCGCGCGAGCGAAUACACCUCUCCACUUGACCUUCACCGGGGCAAUACGACCGAGAGCGUUGGGUCGCUAUGACCGAGGGGUUUACCGUGAGCGGUUCCGUGGACCCCACGACGCUGUACACCAAGCAGCAGUGCAUAGGCGGGGGCAGCUUCGGAAAAGUAUAUAAAGGCAUCGACCGACGGACCGGCCAGCUUGUCGCGAUCAAGAUCAUCGAUGUCGAAAAUGCCGAAGAUGAGGUCGACGACAUCAUCAGCGAGAUCUCCAUCCUCUCUAACAUGCACUCGCCCUAUGUUACCAAGUACUAUGGCUCGUAUCUGCACAACACGGAGCUGUGGAUCGUCAUGGAGUUCUGCUCGGGAGGCAGCUGCGCAGACUUGAUGAGGCCGGGUCCUAUCGAUGAGAGCGAGAUUGCCGUCAUACUCAAGGAGCUGCUUAUGGGCCUGUGUUACCUGCAUGAAGAUCACAAGCUGCACCGAGAUAUCAAGGCUGCCAACAUCCUCGUCGGCUCUAACGGACAGGUCAAACUGGCCGAUUUCGGUGUCUCAGGGCAGCUCUCCGCGACCAUGACGAAGAAGAACACGUUCGUUGGCACUCCCUUCUGGAUGGCCCCGGAAGUCAUCAAGCAGUCUGGGUACGAUCACAAAGCUGACAUUUGGUCACUUGGGAUCACCGCCCUCGAACUUGCGCAGGGCGAACCUCCAUACGCGGACAUACAUCCCAUGAAAGUCCUUUUCCUGAUUCCAAAGAACCCAUCACCCAUACUGACUGGCAGCUUCACUCCACAAUUCAAAGAGUUCGUGAACCUCUGCCUGAGAAAAGAUCCGAGGGAACGACCAUCGGCGAAGCAAUUGCUACAGUCAGCCUUCAUCCGGAAAGCGGGGAAACCCUCCAGGCUGCAGGAGCUGAUCUUCCGUUAUCAAGAAUAUCAAGCUCGUCACCCCAAGCAAGCCGAUUCGGAGGAUGAAGAUACGCCUAUAAAGAAACGAGAACCGAUCAACGAGGAGCUGUGGGAUUUUGGUACUAUCCGUCCUAUAAAAGAUCGAGGAGGCAAUGCGUUGAAACCCAUGAACGAGUCUGGUGCAAAUGCUCGACAGUCGUCGCCUCAACGGAAGCCUGUCCUGAACCAGCAGGCCGGCUAUGGAGAUGAGAACUACUACGGCUCCGCCGACACUGUCCGACCAAGUCCACCUGCAUCUCCGACGAAGCGGUUAGCAAAGCUUGACAUUCCGAAUUCACCGAUGAGCUCGCUAAAGACCGCGGCACGGGUACCGUUACCACCAUCUCCCGAGAAGCGAUCGAUCCCACCUCUCCCUCCGCCAACGGCACAAGAGUCACGCAAAUCGCCAGUGCCAGCAGCCUUCUCGCCACAUCCUCUGAACCGGGGAUUGGUUACGCCGACCAAGCCACCCGCACAGCCCCGACGACAGACGCCGUUGGGUAGGGACUACGACGAAUACCUGCAACGUUCAAUCGCCGAAGACAUGGCUGCGUUGGAAAUGACUCCUCGACGCGAUCCUACUCCCCCGCGACCCAUCGUACUUCCGCAAAUGUCCAUCCCGGAGAUUCCACCUUUCCGAGGUAACCAAUCUCAGUCAACAAAUGCCUCUACCGCACCCGCAAACCCUCCCCAGCAUAGUCCUGGCCAAAAUCAGAAUCAGAACCAGAACCCGCGACCAUCGCAACUUCAGAGACCACUUCCGCCACUCUCUGGUCAACAACCAUUGCCUCAACUCACCAAUCAGACGUCAAUUGUAUCAUCUCAAACAUCACCGAACUCUGCCUCACCCCCGCGACCCGGCUCAUCGUCUUCGUACGACCCAUUUGGUGGACCGAUAAUCAACAACUGGAACAACGUGACCGGCGCACAAACGCCUUCCCACCCUCCCCCUCCCGCACCACAAACGACCAAACCAUCCCCCAUGUCCCGCGGCUCCUUCGGCCGGCCUAAGCAGCCUCUCACACCCGGCUCGCCCAAUUCAGCACCCACCGAAAUCACCGCGCUCUCCGGCGUCGUCCUCCCCGCGCUCGAAGCGGCCCUCUCCCGCCGUGCGUACCAUCUCUCCCUCAAAAACAAGCAGGAAGCGGCAUCCACGCCGCGCGAUCUGCAUGCGUUUGUAGAGCAGAAGAAGCGGAGACAGGAGUGUCAUGAUAAUGUGAAAAGGCUGGUGAGCGAGCUGAAGAAGGGGUUCAGGGAGUUGGAUGAGUGGGAUGAAAGGGGGGGUGUGGGGAUGGGUGGGGAGGUGGCGGGGUUUUUGGAGGGUUUUUUGGAGGAGGUACUGGUUAGGGUGGAGCCUGCUGAUGAUUGAGGAUUGUUGAGCGGUAGAGAAUGGUGGUGAGGAAGGGCUACAGAUAGAGAGAAAGGAGGUUGCGGUUGACGGAGUUCGAAUGACGGAUUUGAUGGGGCAUGAUAAGAUACUGACUGGACUUUGACAUUUUUCUAUUUGGCAUGAGGAUGGGCUGAAAUGGUUUGGGCCGGGUUGGGUGAGAAUUUGAAGCAAGGUGUUCGUGGGCGUUUAUGCAAUCCGACGAUUUCCAUGUC